CUAACCUCAAAAAUCUACCAAAACAAACAAACACACACCAAAAUUAUUCUUCCAAAAAAGCUCAAUUUUCUUCAUUUUCUCCGCAUUCCUUGUCAAGAAGUUCAGUCUCUUCUGAUCCCCGAGGAAGAAAGGAAGCAAAUUUUGUGAAAAUUCUGUGAAUUCAUCAAUAAGUUUGACGAGAAACUGAGAAAAACAAACAAUGUCUCACACAACAAGACGGAAGCACCUGAUGAGGGAAUUUAUGCUGGAUAAUUUGGACCUGCCCACAGAGAAUCAGACUAUUGUCAAAGUUACGGCAUGUCCGGGGAAUAAUUUAUUCGUCGUGGAACCCCCUGGAGAUACGGAGACCUUCCUCGUGUCGCUACCUACCAAAUUCCGGAGGAAUAUGUGGGUACAGCGUGGGAGCUAUGUGCUGGUGGAGCCCAUCGACGAAGGAAAUAAGGUGAAAGCUGAGAUUGUGAAGAUUCUCAUGCCAGAGCACAUUGAGGAGUACACAAAAGCCAACAUUUGGCCAGAGAAAUUCAGGAAAACCAUAAAAGAACCCGCAGAUGCGUCUCCAAGAGACAUCACAACCCUGCCCGGUAAUCCAAAUCGACCGGAAGAAGACUCAGAGGAUGACGAAACAGCCAGCGAUUCAUCGUAGCUAAUAAAAAAAUAUUUCUUCCGGAAUGCAUUGAAUUUUUAUUUUGAAAACUUUUCAAUAUAAUUACAUUUAAUAUAAGUUAAUUUUUUUUCUUUUUAAUCACUUUAUAAAGUUGAUUAAAUUGUUGUAAAGUCGUAAAGCACAUUUUAUCCUUCUUUCGGCCUUUGCUGCCCAAUUUUGCGUGCAUUUAUGUCUCAAAAAGUGAACGCGCGAGAGAAAACUGGGAAAAUUAAUUUCUUUUUUCCUAAAUUCUACUUUUUUUUUGUUUGCUAAAUUGGCUCUUUCUAAGAGACGAAAUAAAUAUUGAAAACAA